UUCACAUCUUCAGAGUUCAGACGCCAUUGAUACGCUAGGUUUCUUCCAUUCAGUUUCUCUUAUUCCUUGGUUAUGGCAAUGCAGAUUCUUCUUCCAACCCCACCGCCACCACCUCCGCUGCUUCUACCACCUGAACACCGGUCUUCACUCUACGCCGGAGACCUUCACCCAGACAUCACUGAUAACGAACUCUAUCACCUUUUCUCCAUGAUCGGCCCAGUGUAUUCUGUUCGCAUCUGCAGAGAUCGUUUCUCCCAUAAAUCCCUUGGCUACGCUUACAUCAAUUUCUACCUCCAUUCUCACGCGGCUGUGGCGUUAUCUCGAUUGAACCACUUUGAGUUGAGAGGAAAACCCAUAAGGCUAAUGUGGUGUCAACGAGAUCCGCUUACGAGAAAAACUGGAGUAGCGAAUUUGUUCGUGAAGAAUCUUGAUCCGUUCGUCACAGAUGCUAAAUUGGAGAAGAUUUUCGGAAAAUUUGGGAGGAUUCAUUCUAGUAAGAUCGCCAAGGACGACAACGGUAACAGUAAGGGUUUCGGUUUUGUUCAAUUUGAUUCAGAAGAAUCCGCUAAUGAUGCUCUUACUGCCCUAGACGGAACCACAUUUGAAGGAAAGAUCAUAUCUGUCGCCAAGUUUCUCAAGAAAAGCGAGAGGAAGGAGCCCGAAUUUACAAACGUGUAUGUGAAAAACCUUGAAUCGGAUUUCACGGAAAGUCUCCUGAGAGAAAAGUUUUCUGAAUACGGAAACGUCACAAGUGCUGUAAUCAUGAGCGAUGCCGAUGGGAAAUCAAGAGGUUUUGGAUUCGUCAACUUUGAGUCACACGAUAGUGCAAAAAAGGCCAUUGAGGCUCUAAACGGUGUCAUAAUCGGAUCAAAGGAACUGUUCGUUGGAAAGGCCAUGAAGAAAUCCGAAAGAGAAGGGUUCCUGAAACAGGCUCAUAAAAAAGACACCAAGAAGAACACGUCAAAUCUUUAUGUGAAAAAUCUUGCUGCAUCUGUAGAUGAAAAAACUCUUGAAGAAACUUUUGGCGCUUUUGGGAACGUGGUUUUAGCCAAAGUGGUUCGCUAUAAAAACGGAAUCAGCAAAGGAUUUGGUUUCGUGUGUUUCUCAAAUCAAGAAGAAGCAACCAAAGCUCGUGAUUCACUUAAUGGAAAAUUUUACCAUGGAAAAUACUUGAAUGUUGGCAUUGCUCUGAGUAAAGAAGAAUGUGCUCAAAAAUUACAGGCUCGUUUUGGAUCUCAAUACAUCCCACCAUAUCACAGUAUGAGUAUGCCAUCAUUUGUUCGAACACCAGUUGUCUAUGAUCCAUCAUACUGGCAAUCAAAUGUUUAUGGACGUAUGCAAGUUUUUCCAAAUUAUAAACCUAAAGAAGGUGUUUACUCGAGCUAUGAUAAGGAUCAAAAGAUUCAAAACCCGUUGAUGAACUAUGAAGCUUACUUCCCAAAAGGGUCAUCAGCCAACAAGGCUAAUCAUGAUCAGGGUCUGAAGAGGUCUAAAAUGUUGUGGGAGAUGAAAAAUGGUGAAUUGCAGGUGUCAGGGAAGAAGAAGGCGUUUGGGAAGGUGCAAGUUAAUGGGCAUGGGCAUGGUUUAGAGGGGAAAUUGAGCUACUGAUUCAGAACUCAGAAGUGGUUUUUAGUUUUUGUGUAGAGAUUUCUUUUCUUGUGGUUUUGUGUGUUGUUGUUUCGUGUUUGAAGGUUUUAAUCUCAAGAAUGUUGUAAUCAAACUCUUUUGACUUGUUCACUAAUGC